GGACGGCUGCCACUUCUCUUAAAAGCACACAGAAACACUUUGUUGUCGUCCUUCAGACUUCAGAGGCCUUUAAAAGAGACAGCAGUCUCUGAUCUCACCUCACAACUGUUUCCUCAACUUCCCAACAAACCCAGCAGGUACUGUUGAUCCAGGAUGUCUGUUCUGCCCAGGGCAUUUCUGCUGGUCAUGGUGGUGCUGAGCGCCAGCGCAGCACCUGUGGCUGAAAACUGCAGUCUGCCGGAGAAGGUGAAGCGCCAGGAGCUGCACAAGGUAUUGGAGGUGCGUUGGGUUCUGGUUGAGGCAUUCUCAGAUUACCCAGCAGGGGUGGAGCUCCUGACGAACGCCACAAGCUCCCUGCUGGAGUUGAGAGACGCUAACGAAACCAUCAGGUUCAUCGAGAGAAACAAAGCUUUUGGAAAGUGUUUGAUCUUCCGUGGCAACAUGUCGCUUCCUGACCCCGAGACGUCCAACCACACCCUCCACCUGAAAAGUGCCACCCAAGAUUUCGAUGGUCAGGUGUCUCCAUACGAUGACCAGGGCCGAGCUGAUAUCUACCAGGGCUGUCCUGACUGUGUGCUCAUCAUCUACAGCGGAGUCUUUGAGGGAACACCAGGGAAGAUGCUACUCAUUUACAGGAGGGAAGGGAAACACCUGGACGCCAAGGAGCUGAAAGACGCUCAGAGUGUCCACAGGAAGGUGGCAGAGUGUCUGAAAUUCAACAUGUCAUCACAGUUCACCUAUGACGGGAAGGCAGGGUUUUGUCUCGAAAGGAUGGAAGAAGAGAAAGAAGCCUGAGACAGACACACGAUGAAAGACUGAAACUGAGAUGUUAAUGAUGGCAGAAUAUAUACAAACAGCUGAUAUCAGGAGUGUAUUUUUAUCGUUGUCAGAAAACACUAAGCUCUGAAUUUCUCAUUCUGGUUUUGAGAGACAAACAUGUUUAUUAAUCAGCUCACAAAAUGUUUCAUUAAAAUACAAACAGUAAACUUUGAA